GCACUCGAACGUCCCACUAUCAUCCUGCGCCUCUUCAUCUAAAAAAAAAACAACAACAAAAAACAACAACAACAGAAGCAGCGAGCUCGCGGUCACAUGUCGAGAGGAGGAACCGCAGGAGAGUCAGAAGAGACAGCGGCAGUCGGCGUCCGCACCCGUUCGGCAACCAGCGUCUCCAUUCCGGCUGCUGGCCCCGCACAGAUGGUGCUUCUUCGGCACAUCUCGGUGGCGCUGACCGCCGCCGUGGCCGCGCUGGGCUCCGCGAUCUUCAUCGCCCUCAGCUACUUCUACCCGAGGCCAAUGUAUGCACCGUACGCCCAAUAUUCUACCAUCAAGGAAGAGGAAGAGGACCGCGGGAAGCGCCAAGUCCUGGUUCUGGGCUUGGAUGGAGCCGGCAAGAGCAGCAUGCUUCAGGGCCUGUCGCCCACGGAAGCCAGGAGGGGCCAUUGCCGCCCGACCCGGGGCUUCAACUUCAUGAGCCUCAGCGUGCCCACUUGUCAGCUGAACUUCCUGGAGAUUGGAGGUGGCGAGGAAUUGCGCCGCUACUGGUCUGAGUAUCUGAACAGGACUCACGUGCUGGUCUACGUGGUGGACUCGUCUGACCGGAGUCGCCUCCCGCUGGCCAAGUUGGAGCUGCACCGCCUCCUGGAGGGGCAACCCCAGCUCCCCGUGGUGGUCCUGGGGAACAAACAGGAUAAACCGGAUGCCGUGAGCGUAUCGGAGCUCCACAAGGCCUUGUCUCUGGGCUUAGUGGCGGAGGACAGAAAGUUGUUCCUCCUGGCCGCCCAGCUGGCCUCCGACGGUGCCCUGAGGAACUCCUGCCGAGGGCUGGACACCUUCCAGGACCUCCUGCUCCAGCUUGUCUGACAAGGGGGAGGAAAAGGUGCUGCUUCCUCUUCAGGUAAAAUAGGUGCAAGAAGAUUGCAUCUGGAACCAUAUUUAAGGAGAAAAAGGAGGAGAGGAAAAAGGAGGAAAGACUGGCAGCACAUAUUGUGCAUAUUUUCACGAUGACUUGUUUAGACUUGCCAAAUGAAACUAAUAACAGAUUAUGUACAAGGACAAGUGACUCAUUUAUAAUGCCAGCCGAGAAUGUGAACUGAAACAACCUCGAAGACACGUUCAAAAAAGAGCAGAGUAAAGCACAGACCGUGGAGAAAUGUACAAAUUUGCAGGAAUUUUAGGAUCUUGUCUUCUGAGAGCCCCUUUGUGAGUGAGUGCAAGGAUUUUAGAGGUAAAACAAAACCAAAAAAAUAUCCCAAAUCGAAAUAUCCGCAAAGGUAGCACAAUUUUGUGAAUGCCAGGAAAAAUUGCAGUCAAAAGUCACAAAACCUUCAGACGAAAGUGAUUCUUUUGACUGUGAUGCAUGAUAUGCUAACCCAUAAACCACAGUGCUGCCAAAUUUACCGUGUCUGCUGUAAUGUGUGUCGUCUCCUUCACGUCUGGCAGAUUAGUUUGACACUAUUUUUUUUUUUUUAGUUUUCUCGUUUUUAUGCUAUGGUGGUUAACUUAUGUUAUGUUAGGAUUCUAAAUGUGACUCAACGCAUCAUCUGUACAGUUCCCAAAUGGUUUAACUUUGAGCCACGGAAAAGAAAAAAAAAAGCCCACUGUACUUGUCUCUAUGUGCGCUGCGAUUCGCUAGAAACCAGUUCAGCGUGCACCCCGCCUCCUGCCCGAUGAUAGCUGGGAUAGGCUCCGUCACUCCCGUGACCCUUGUGAGGAUAAGCAGGUCAGAAAGUAGAUGGAAGUGUGUCUUGAGUUUUUAAUGGGAAAAUGUGUGUUGGAAUCAGGAAAAAGUCAACACCGUUAAGUGCUGCAGCAGUCAAUUUGGAAGAAAAUGUCUUAAAAUUCUCACCAUCUCAUUACUUAAUAUCUAAUAUUGCCUCUCAGCCUGGCAAUUAAUGGUUGGUACAAGACUCCCAAUUAUGAGUUUUUUUAUGUGAUGUUUUAUUCCCUUCUAUGCUCUGUAGCCAUAGAAAUGUAUUAAUUUAAUGGGCUCACAUUUUCAUGACUGGAAAAUAGGCUUUGGCUUUAUAUGUAUGUUAUAUUACAUUUCAUGUGUAUAAAAUAAAAUGCUAUAUGG